UUUGCGCUUUUAUGUUUAGCGUAGUUAGAAGCCAGUCACAUUUGAGACGAGCUCACGUGCAGUUUUGCCAAAAGUAUAAUUCGGCUAACAGUCAGUCAGCCAGUUAGCCAGUCAGUCAGUCAGUCAGUCAGUCAAUCAGUCAGUUCGUCAGUCAGUGAAAAGCAUAGCAUAAUUGGUGGCGCCUGAUGAGUCGCAUGCAAGCCAUCACCGCCUCGGUGCGGACCACCAAUCGAAUGAAUGCGUUGCUCUCCGAAUCCAUGUUGAGUCGACGGCGAGCGCUGCAGAGUUCUGACCUGUACGAAGGCGGUGGAGCUGCCGGUGGAAGUGGCGAGGGCGGCGAGCGUAAGGAGAAGCCGAAAAAUGAUUGGAAAUUCUUUCAUACCAAUUUCAAUAUGGAACGUGCCCAUAAAAUCAUCGAGGAUUGCAUUGAGGAGCGUCUGCUGUGGGAUCGGUUCAGUCGCAAUUUCGACUCUUGGCGCGCGCUGCAGCUGGUCGAGAGUCUCGCGGCCGAGAUACGGGAUCGGGUCAAGAAGCUAAACCACAGGCGCCAUCGCAUCGUGUGUCUGCUCUCGAUUGUGGAGAAACAAAAUCAGGGCAUCUAUCAGCGAAUGUGCCAUCUGAUGGAUGAGAAGCGGGAUAAUUUUACGCAACUGGUUUACGAGCGACCCACGUACUUCAUGAUUGUUGUCCUGUAUCUGGUCUAUCAGGACUAGAGGCCAGACGUACUUCUGAAAGCUUCCACAUAAAAAAGCUUUAGCAUGUGCACCAACCAGUUGUGAAUUAAACUAAUUUAAGGACUGUUUCAUUAACA